AUGGCUUCUCUUUGUCAAGCUUGCGCUUCGUCUUCGGCUACGCCAUUGCUUCUGGCGAAAAGGGUGUUUUCCUUAGCAACAUCGCCGUUUUACUUCACAAGCGGACACAAAAUCCCUCGCCAUUACAGCAGCUUCAGAGCAUCCACCUCCGCAUAUGGGUCUGCGGAUUGUGUCGAUAUAAAGGAGAUGAAAAGCACUGAUUUGGUGGAGCUGGAGUAUGCAGAGCUAAACCUCAAGUAUAAGAUAUCUGAGGAAGUGGGUCAUGUGAGAAUCAGACAGCAUGUGAAUCCUCUAAGUUCCUCUUUCUCUACGCCAGCUCCAGUUCCUGCUUGGGAGGAAGUUUACAAGGAUCCGUCGCUGCCUCUUAUGGUGGAUAUUGGAAGUGGUAGUGGCAGAUUUCUCCUGUGGCUAGCCAAAAAGGAUGCUGAAUCGAGAAACUACUUGGGGUUGGAGAUACGCCAGAAACUGGUCAAGCGGGCCAACUUUUGGGUGAACGAGCUCGGACUUUCAAACGUACACUUCAUAUAUGCAAAUGCCACGGUUUCCUUUGACCAACUUAUAUCAAGCUAUCCUGGACCUUUGGAGCUUGUCUCAAUCUUGUGUCCGGAUCCGCAUUUCAAGAAACGGCAUCAUAAGAGACGUGUAGUCCAAAAGCCUUUGGUAAAUUCCAUUCUGCAAAAUCUAAAACCUGGCGGAAAGAUCUUGGUGCAAUCGGAUGUGCUGCAAGUAGCUCAGGACAUGAGAAAUCAGUUAGACGAGGAAGCAAAGGUUCUUCAACACGUGGAUACAGCUGGCGCAGAGGACGGCUGGUUAGUGGCAAAUCCGAUGGGUAUACGAACCGAACGAGAGAUCCACGCUGAAUUGGAAGGUGCAAGAGUCUACCGUAGACUGUACCAGAAACUUCAGCUUUAA